AGUCCGCCUGCCGUCUCCCACAUGGCAAAAAUGGCUGCAAACUCGGAUAAACAACAAGGCCACAGACCUGGCAUAUACAAACAGAAAAACAAAGGGCACAAACAUGGCAAGCAUCGAACCAAGGGGGAAAUUGACCGAGAAACCAAAGGCAGAGUGUCUGUGAUAGCACUCACCAAAAAGCAGAGAAAAGAACAGAAGAAGAUGGACCGAAGGCAUAAAGCCAAUCAGCUUCGCCGAAAUAAAAAAGACAUGGUUCUUACCGAGAAGCGUCGUCUCGGUAGCAAGGAUGGCCCGCCUCAUCUGGUUGCCGUGGUGUCGCUGCAUGCUGCGGUGGAUGCUGCUGCUGUGACCAAACUGCUUCGCCAGGAAGGCGGAGGAGGAGUCGUUCACCAGGAGCAGUGUGUCACCGGUAUCAAAGACAGUUUUGGGAUGCUGCUGCCUCGCUUCAAACAGAGGUUCACUUUCCUGAACCAAGCGACAGCUGAUGUACACUCCCUGAUGGACGUGGCCAAGAUAGCAGAUAGCCUGAUAUUUGUGCUGGAUCCAAAUGAAGGUUGGGACAGUUAUGGAGACUAUUGUCUCUCCUGCUUAUUUGCACAAGGCCUCCCAAGCCACGCCCUGGUGUGCCAGGGAGUGUCUGAUCUCCCUGUGAAGAAGAAGGUUGAAUACAAGAGGGUUUUGUCAAAGAUCACAGAGAUCCGAUUCCCUGAUACACGCAUCUUUCCUCUGGACACAGAGCAGGAGGUCACGCUGCUUCUCAGACACUUGGGAAGUCAGAGGCAGAGAAAGCUAGGGUUCCGCUCGAGGCGUUCCCAUUUACUGGGACAGCAUGUCACUUUCACGCCGAACGACGCGUCUGGUCUGGGAACGCUCUGUGUCUCUGGAUACGUGCGUGGAUGCCCAUUGCGAGUGGACAGAUUAGUCCAUUUAAGUGGACAUGGAGACUUCCAGCUGAGUCAAAUCGAUGCUCCUCUAGACCCUCUGCCCCUGAACGUUGCUGCACCCAGACCAGCCAAAGGUGGGAAAGCAGGUGAUGUUGAAAUGCAGGACGGGUGUGACGAUGAAGCUCCGGUUCGGAUCUUGAUGAAAGCUGACCCGGCCACCAGGGAGAGCCUGCAGUCCGAGGCUGAGGUCGACCCGAUGGAUGGAGAGCAGACCUGGCCCACUGAGAGCGAGCUAAUGGAAGCUGAAGAAGCUCGAAAGAACAAACGUACCAUGAAGGUCCCCAAAGGAACAUCAGAUUACCAAGCCACGUGGAUUGUCGACGAAGACGCAGAGAACGGCGAGGAAGAGGACGAAGAAAGCAGUGAGGAAGAUGACGAUGAUGAUGACAUGAUGGAUGAGGCCAUGGAAAGAGAUGACGACACAAACUCGCAGGACGCCGGUUCAGAGUUUGGCUCAGAGGACGAAGAGGAUGAGGAAGAAGAACAGGAAGAGGUUUGCUCCACAGAGCGCCUUGGAACAGAUCACCGUUACGACGAGAAUAUAGAUGAAGCAGCCGAGGAGGAGGGACUGAAACGUUACCGCGAAGCCCGAGCCAACGACAUGUUCCCGGAUGAGGUGGACACGCCGCUGGACAGGGCAGCGAGAAUCAGAUUCCAGCGAUACAGAGGCCUCAAGAGUUUCCGGUCGUCUCCGUGGGACCCCAUGGAAAAUUUGCCGGUCAACUAUUCUAGAAUCUUCCAGUUCCAGAGCUUCGAUCGUACGCGCCGCCGCAUCCUCACAGAAGCUGCAGAGGAGGAAGAGGGAGCCAUGGUUGGCUGGUACGUUACUCUGCACAUCAUUGAUGUUCCUCAGUCUGUGAUGGAGAGCGUUCAGUCAGGUCGACCUCUAGUGUUGGUUUCUCUGCUGCCGCAUGAACAGAAGAUGUCUGUCAUGCACCUUUUGGUGAGGAGACACCCCAGCAACACGGAACCCAUCAAAUCCAAAGAAGAGCUGGUGUUCCACUGUGGCUUCAGGAGGUUCAGGGCGUCGCCUAUCUUCUCGCAGCACACUUUAGCCGACAAACACAAGAUGGAGCGCUUCCUCAAGCCUGACGCCCCGACAGUGGUGUCAGCGUACGCCCCCAUUACCUUCCCACCCACAGGUGUCCUGCUGUUCAAGCAAAGGAAUGAUGGUGUUCAAGACUUGGUGGCGACAGGAAGUCUGCUCAGCUGCGACCCUAAACGCGUGGUGCUGAAGAGGAUCGUGCUGAGUGGGCAUCCUUUCAAAAUCAACCGCCGCUCCGCCGUUGUCCGUUACAUGUUCUUUAACAGAGAGGACAUUAUGUGGUUCAAGCCGGUGGAGCUGAGAUCCAAGUGGGGUCGUCGAGGUCACAUCAAGGAGGCUCUAGGAACACAUGGACACAUGAAGUGCGUGUUUGAUAACCAGCUUCCUUCUCAAGACACCGUCAUGAUGAACUUGUACAAGAGGGUCUACCCUCGCUGGACCUACGACCCCCACGUGCCUUUGUCUUUACCAUGGUUCAAAAGAGAGAGCACAGUGGACAUGGACGACCUGGACUUGGACAUGGAUUAGAGCAAGGACAACGCCGUCACAGUGAUAUGGAGCAUCUUCAAGUGUUCAUUUAACAGCUGCUGUG